AUGUAUAAGAUAAUAAAUAAUUAUUUUAUCUUAAAUGUUAAAAGAAAUUAUCGUCAUUAUUCAAGGAAAAAAAAUAUAAAUAAUAUAAACAGGAAAAUAAAUGAUCCCUAUAGUGAUUUAUAUAAAAUGAAUUUUUAUGGAAAUAAUUGGAAAAAAUUACCAAAUAAAAAAACCAAGUCAAAAGAAUAUGAUAUAAUUAAAACGUCAAACAAUACAUAUUCUUAUUCUUCUCCUUAUCCUCCUCAUAUUAAUUACACACUAGAACCAUAUCCAGAAAGUGCAAAAAAAUUUUACUAUCAAAAUAGGAAAUAUUUAAUGAAAUAUAAAAACGUUGAAUAUAUUCCUAUACAAAGGUUAACGUAUAAAAAUGCGUCAAAGAAAACGAAUUGGGCUACCUAUUAUUUAAGAAUGGAAAAAUAA